GAGUGUCCGGGACCGGGUGUGAGCGGGCCGCUCCUGCACCGGAGAGCAUCCGGGACCGGGCUGCGACCGAGCCGCUCCUGCACCGGAGAGCAUCCGGGACCGAGCCACUCUUGUACCGGAGACGGGCUUGGGACUGAGCCGCUCCUGGACCGGAGAACGUCCGUGACCGGUCCACCGCUGCUGCACGGGAGAGCCCCAGACACCGCUGCUUGGCACCGGGAGAGCCGUAGAGGGACCCUAGUACUGACCCAGCGCGAMCGCGGGAGGGAGGGAGCGAGCGGAGCCUGGUGCGGUGCCCCCCGGGAGCGGGAGCCGCGUCCAGCCCGAGACCCGCCGGCAGCGGCGGCCGGAGGUCGGUGCGCCCGUCUGUGCCCCGGGAACCGCUAUGGCUUCACAGAACGCCGACCCCGCCGCCGUGUCCAGUGCAGCCGCCCGCAAAGCGGCCGAGACCGGGGCCACGGCGGCCCGCGGCGCGGUGGGGAAGAGGCUGCAGCAAGAACUGAUGGCGCUGAUGAUGUCCGGUGACAAAGGCAUUUCCGCCUUCCCCGAGUCCGACAAUCUCUUCAAAUGGAUCGGAACCAUUGACGGCGCCGCCGGGACGCCCUACGAGGAGCUGCGGUACAAGCUGUCGCUGGAGUUCCCCAGCGGGUACCCCUACACAGCACCCACCGUGCGGUUCCUGACCCCCUGCUACCACCCCAAUGUCGACACCCAAGGCAACAUCUGCCUAGAUAUCCUCAAGGAAAAGUGGUCGGCGCUGUAUGACGUCCGCACCAUCCUGCUCUCCGUACAGAGCCUGCUGGCAGAGCCAAACAUCGAGAGCCCCCUGAACACACACGCUGCYGAGCUCUGGAAGAACCAAGUCGCCUACAAGAAGUAUGUGCGGGAGACGUACAACAAGCAGACAAAGAGCCAGGAGACCUGACCGUCACCACCGCCCCUCACCACACCCGCUCCCUCCCAGCCAUCCUUCGCGUUCUGUAUCAUAGGCUGUUUUUAAAUUAAUGUUGCAGUCCGAGCCACGGUUAUUGUAUAAAUAAAUGCACGUUUAUAACUCCUGCAGGGGAUUCUGUGGCA